CAGGUCUCGCCAUAUUUAUUUUUGUACACAGAGCCAGUGUAACAUUCAUGAUUGACUUUAAAUACACUUGUUGCAUGGAUUAAAGACUAUCGGCGACUGGUAUAGUUGUUAUUUGUUGUUACAUUGGAUCAAGCACCUUUCUCAUCAUGCAGGAUUGGUUUUACCAUGCUCCAGCCAAGCGACGUGAAGACUGUGGAGCCGUGGAAUACCCUGCACCAUCACAGAUUCCAUUAUUAAGUGGUGUAGAACUAGAUGGAACUGAAGAUGAAUAUAGUGCCAAACGGGGUUACUAUAAAGAAAGUGAUACCAAGUACAUAAGACUUGCUAAGCAAGGUGGAAGGAAAGAUUUACUCAGAUUUCGAAGUCCCAAAACGUUAUCAGAGGAACCAGUUCCAUAUCCCAGACCAGAAUGGUUAGACUGGAAUGAGACACGGGAGCCAGAUGCUGGACCAAGGCAGGUAUACAUGCCAGAAUACAUGGUAUAUGAUGAACACCAGGCAGAUGCAGAUGCUGAACCAUAUUAUGCCAGACAACCUCCAUACUCACUUCAUGACAACAUAAGUGUAUUUCAACGAGAUGGUGCAAAGGCUACAGAUAAAACAGUCAGGUUGCCUGAGAUAAAACGACCGCAUAAACGACAUACAUUCCAAAAAGUACAGAGCAAUAAACCAGCUGGGUUGGAUAGAACAGGAAAGAAACAACAACCAGCAAACAGACCUGGAGUGAAUGACACUGAGCCAGUGGCCUUCAAUAAAUUACUUAGUAUGGGAUACCAGAAAGAUUGGGUUCUGGAAAGAGAAAAAUAUUAUAAAAAACAACAGUCUGUGAUUGACCAAAAGAGGAAACUGGUACCUGCAAAUGCGGCAACAGUCUCUGAAUACCAAGAAGCAAUUGGUAAAGGAGUGGAUAAGCCUGUGUCAGGACAAACAUCAACACAGAGAAGAACCAAAUUUAGUGCAAGUGAAAAGAAAGAAAUACCAGUGGAAGAUGACAAAUUAUUUAAACUUAGCAAAUUUAACAAAGUUCAAGCUAAAGUGAACACUCGUCGAGAGGAUCAAACAUAUCCACACAACAUGCAAUCAUCACAACCACAACCAAUGGAAGCUUAAAUUAAAAAUAUAAUCAUUUCUCUACAACUGUGACUGAUCUUCAGUAUAAACACAGUUUUCAUUUCCUGUCUAUUCUGUAUAUUUUGUAUCACAAUUCCAUAUGUUAUUACACAAUAAUGUAAUUCAUGUUUGUUUAUAUUAAAAUAUAUGUUAUCAAUAAAUUUUUGGUUUGUUUA